CUGAAAGAUACUCGUCAGGUAGCCAUUGAUGGAGUAAGAAUUAGACGUGUUGGGAUUUCCUCGCUGUUGUUGUCGAACUUGAUGGGCACCGAUUCUGGGUUGUAUACCUGCAGAGCAAGCAAUACUCUCGAUUCUCUUGACCGGACAGUUGCUGUUCAUGUGGCAGUGGAGCCGAAGCUAACCGCACGCCCUGAAAGUAAAGCGGCUUUGGAGACAGCCGACGUUGAGUUUGAAUGUUUGUCAACGGGAAGUCCAUCCCCUACUGUGUCAUGGUUCAAAAACGGCGAGGCCAUUAUUGCCAGCCACUACUUUGUCAUCGAACCAACUAGACUGCGCAUUCUUGGCCUUGUCAAGGCUGAUCAAGGGAUUUACCAAUGUAUCGUGGACAACGAAGCGGGUAGUGAUCAAGCCGCAGCCCAGCUCCUGGUUGACAACGCAGGUAGUUUACAUUUUUUCUUAAGACUGCUUCUCUCUUCAUUUCGUUCGCUUCUUUUCUGA